AUGGCGCCCCUCUCGCACAGAUCAAUUAAGGAUGGAUGGUUCCGCGAAAUUUCUUCGCAAUGGCCAGGCCAGGCGAUGACCCUCAAGGUCAAGAAAAUUCUUCAUGUCGAAAAGUCUCUGUAUCAAGACGUACUCGUCUUCGAGUCUGAGACAUACGGAAAUGUUCUUGUAUUGGAUGGUGUGAUCCAGUGCACUGAGCGCGACGAGUUCUCAUACCAGGAAAUGAUUGCACAUCUUCCCCUUGCUUCUCACCCCAACCCGAAGAAAGUCCUCGUCAUUGGUGGUGGUGAUGGUGGCGUUGUUCGCGAGGUGCUCAAGCAUGACACUGUCGAGAACGUCGUGUUGUGCGAUAUCGAUGAGGCUGUCAUCCGAGUAUCCAAGCAAUAUCUUCCACACAUGUCUUCACUGCUGUCUGAUCCACGGGUGACAGUGUAUGUAGGCGAUGGCUUCAAGUUUCUCGAGGACAAUGUAUCCUCGUACGAUGCGAUCAUCACCGACUCGUCCGAUCCCGUGGGCCCCGCUGCCUCUCUCUUCCAAAAACCGUAUUUCGAGCUGCUCCAUGGUGCGCUUACUCCAGGCGGCCACAUCUCAACACAAGCCGAGUGUUUGUGGCUACACUUACCAUUAAUCAACGAACUACGUCAGACGACGCAGUCCCUGUUCCCCGUCGCGGAGUACGCGUUCACAACCAUUCCGACGUACCCAUCUGGCCAGAUCGGAUUUGUGGUGUGUUCGAAGGAGGCUGGCCGGGACGUGAAGGUUCCGAUUCGCACCGUGAGUCCGACGCGUUACUAUAAUGCGGAGGUUCACAAGGCCGCAUUCGUACUGCCUGAGUUCGGUAGGGCAAUGAUCGAUGAUGGCAAAGACCUAUUACCCAAACUGGGACCAUCUGUCACGGAAACUCCUCAGAAAAAGGUGCUGCUCCUCGGAAGUGGGCUCGUCGCCAGACCUGCCGCAGAGUAUGUCGUGCGGAAUCCUACGAACUUGCUCACAAUUGCAUGCCGCACUCUUACCACCGCUCAGACACUUGCGUCGGAACUCCCGCACACCACUGCUGUUGCCAUCGAUGCCACUUCUCAGGCCGACUUGGACAAGGCGGUAGCGGAGCACGAUCUUGUCAUUUCGCUGAUCCCGUACACACACCAUGCGUCUGUAAUUAAGGCAGCGAUCAAGGGCAAGACGCACGUAGUGACAACAAGCUAUGUUAGUCCUGCGAUGCGUGAGCUCGAUGAGGAAGCGAAGAAGGCUGGGAUCAUCGUUAUGAACGAGAUCGGACUUGAUCCUGGCAUUGACCAUCUGUAUGCAAUCAAGACCAUUGACGAGGUCCACGCCAAAGGAGGAAAAAUCAAACAAUUCUUGUCCUACUGCGGUGGUUUGCCUGCACCCGAGUGCUCUGGAAAUCCGCUUGGGUAUAAAUUCUCCUGGUCCGCUCGCGGCGCGCUCCUCGCAUUGCUCAACUCCGCCGCAUAUAUUUCGCAAGGUCAGCAGCUCGAUAUCUCAGGCAAGGAUCUCAUGGGCGUCGCGAAGCCAUACUUCAUUUCUCCUGCCUUCGCAUUUGUCGCGUAUCCGAACCGCAACUCCGUUCCGUUCCGCGAGUUCUACAAUAUCCCUGAGGCGGAGACGGUUGUCCGUGGCACACUACGCUACCAAGGUUUCCCGGAGUUCGUCAAGGCCUUAGUGCAGCUCGGAUGGCUCGAUCCCGAGAAGAAGGACUGGCUUAAGGAUGGCUUGACAUGGGCUGAAGUCAUGCAGAAGGCCAUUGGCGCCAGUGACUCGAGUGAGAGUUCGCUUGUUGCCCGUGUCAAAGAGCUCUGUUCUUUCCCUGACGAGUCUGAGAGCUAUCGCAUUAUCUCUGGAAUGAGGUGGAUCGGGCUAUUCUCUUUGGAGAAGGUCAAGAUCAGGGACAGUAACCUGCUAGACACCCUCUGCGCACAGCUUGAAACACUCAUGAAGUACGAGGAGGGCGAGCGAGACUUGGUCAUCCUCCAGCAUAAGUUCGUGGUUGAGUGGAAGGAUGGAAAGCAGGACACCAUUACGUCUACGCUGGAAGCUUAUGGCGAGCCUUUUGGACACUCAGCCAUGGCACGCUACGUCGGAGUACCAUGCGGUAUUGCAGUUCAGCUUGUGUUGGACGGUGUCUUGAAUACGCCUGGAGUCCACGCGCCGUAUUCCAAGGAGAUCUGUGAUCCUCUUCGCAAGAUUGUUGAAGAAGAAGGUCUAGGAAUGAUCGAAAAGGUGCUCUAA